ACCAAAUCAUACACUGAGAGGCAAUGUUUCUUCCAACUUAAUUAAAGAACAUGAGAAGUAACAUCAGAAACAUGUCAAACGGAGAGCCCUACGUCACAUUCAUAAGCUUAGAGAGGUUCAAGAGUCCAUCUCCAAAGGAGGGUGAUACGUCAUAAAUUAAAAAAAUAGCUUAGAGAGGUUCAAGAGUCCAUCUCUAAAACGCCGUCGUAUUAAACCACUGUGUUAUAUCUCCCUUCUCCGGCAGCAAUCAUUUCACUCACUCCCUCCUCCGUCGUCGCAUCUAUCGCAAUGGUCGUCAAUUUAUCUUUUCUCCUCCUCCUCCUCUUCGUCUCUACCUUCGUAUCCUCAGCUAACGCCAAAGCAACCGUUUCCAUUUCCCCCAAAACUCUAAACCGAUCCGGCGAUUCCGUCGCCAUCAAAUGGUCCGGCGUCGAGUCCCCCUCCGAUCUCGACUGGCUAGGCAUCUACUCCCCUCCGAACUCUCCUCACGACCACUUCAUCGGCUACAAACUCCUCAACGCCUCCUCCACGUGGCGAUCCGGCUCCGGCUCCGGCUCGAUCUCCCUCCCUCUCACCAACCUCCGAUCGAACUACUCGUUCCGGAUCUUCCGAUGGACGCAGUCCGAGAUCGAUCCGAAGCACUUGGAUCACGAUCAGAAUCCUUUACCGGGAACCAAACACCUCUUGGCGGAAUCGGAGGAGCUGAGUUUCGGAUCCGGCGUCGGGAAGCCGGAGCAGAUCCAUUUGGCGUUCGAGGAUAAGGUUAACGGGAUGAGAGUUACGUUCGUAACUGGGGACGGUGAAGAGAGGUUUGUGAGGUACGGAGAAGGGAAGGAGAGGUUGGGAAACUCCGCGCCGGCGCGGGGGGUUAGGUACGAGAGGGAGCACAUGUGUAAUGCUCCGGCUAAUACCACUAUUGGAUGGAGAGAUCCAGGUUGGAUUUUUUAUGCCGUUAUGAAGAAUUUGAACGGUGGCGUUAGGUAUUACUAUCAGGUUGGGAGUGAUUCAAAGGGAUGGAGUGAGAUCCACAGCUUUAUCGCUCGUGAUGUCUACGCAGAGGAAACCAUAGCUUUCUUGUUUGGAGACAUGGGUUGCGCUACACCUUACACAACCUUUAUCCGCACGCAGGACGAGAGUAUCUCCACACUGAAGUGGAUCCUACGCGACAUCGAAGCUCUUGGUGACAAACCAGCUCUCGUUUCGCACAUUGGAGAUAUAAGCUACGCUCGUGGCUACUCGUGGGUGUGGGAUGAGUUCUUCGCUCAGAUCGAGCCUGUUGCGUCGAGAGUCCCUUACCACGUCUGCAUUGGUAACCACGAGUAUGAUUUUCCUGCUCAGCCUUGGAAGCCUGAUUGGGCAGCUUGGACUUACGGAAACGAUGGUGGUGGUGAGUGUGGUGUGCCGUAUAGUAUGAGGUUCAACAUGCCUGGAAACUCAUCAGAGCCCACGGAAACGAAAGCUCCUCCGACGAGGAAUCUUUAUUACUCUUACGAUGUGGGAUCUGUUCAUUUCGUUUACAUCUCCACUGAGACGAAUUUUCUUAGAGGAGGGAGACAGUACGAGUUCGUAAAGCGAGAUCUAGAGUCUGUGGACAGGGAGAACACGCCGUUCGUUGUUGUGCAAGGGCACAGGCCGAUGUACACCACGAGCAACGAGGUUAGAGAUGCGAUGAUUAGGCAAAAGAUGGUUGAGCAUUUGGAACCGUUGCUUGUGGAGAACGACGUGACGCUUGCUCUGUGGGGACAUGUUCAUAGAUACGAAAGGUUUUGUCCGAUGAGGAACAACACUUGUGGGAAGCUGUGGAGAGGAAGCCCGGUUCAUCUUGUGAUCGGUAUGGCGGGUCAAGAUUGGCAACCGAUUUGGCAGCCGAGACCGAACCAUCCAGGUCUUCCUAUUUUCCCUCAGCCUGAGCAAUCGAUGUACAGGACGGGUGAGUUUGGUUACACUCGUUUAGUUGCGAACAAAGAGAAGCUCACUGUUUCGUUUGUGGGGAACCACGAUGGAGAAGUUCACGAUACGGUUGAGAUGUUGGUAUCUGGGGAAGUAAUCAGUGGGAGCAAAGAGGAUACUGUUAACACCGUUGCUGCAUCUGCAACACUUGUGGGAAAAGCUGAGUCUAAUGUCUCAUGGUAUGUCAAAGGAGCAGGCUUGAUGGUAAUGGGUGUGCUUUUAGGGUUCAUUAUCGGGUUUUUUACUAAGGGAAAGAAAGGAUCUUCAUCUGGCACCCGUUGGAUCCCAGUGAAGAACGAGGAGACUUAGUACUGGAGAAGUGAAUCUACUUAGGGGCACAAUGUUUGUAUAGUAAUCAUUUUCCCACGGUAAGAGAACACAAGUUUUUGUACACUAUAGUAAAAUUGAUUCUUGAGUUUCUGAAAAUCACUCUAUGAUGUCACAGUCUGAAGGGCUUUUUGGUGUAGUAAAUACAUUACUGUGCGAGUAUAUAUGUAUGUAUUUUGGUUAAAUUUUCUCUGUUUUUUUUGUGGUAUUUUGAGAA